ACCCAACCCACUAAUUUAUCGAACAGACAACAUAGAAAGGAAAAGGGAGAGCAGUGAGAUCGAUCAAAUGCGAACGUCGAAACGCUGAAAAUCUGACAAGAGAGAAACAGUGAACCACGGAAUUGUUACCCAGGGUGAAUUGUUUUAUUGGAUUAGGCGAACCCGAUGGGUGUUAAACGCGAUUGAUUUUCCAUUCUGAGAGACUGUAUAGGAAUCAGUUGAGAAUGAGUUUACUUUCAAGAAUAAGGCAUCAUUUACCCCAUGGUUUGUGUAGGCGAACUUUUCAGCCAACAGUAGUGCGGCUUAACUUUAGUAAGAUAAGUGCUUUUUCAAGAAAUUUUGGUCAGCCUGCAAGGAAAGAGGAGGAGGAUGUAGACGAAGUGGAAAUUGACCAAAGAAGUCUUCCAGCUGAUUUUGAUCCUUCUACAUUUGAUCCCGAUGAUCAUCGAGGUCCUCCAUCAGAAAGAGUUUUCAGGCUUGUUGAUGAAAUUGCAUCUCUUACGGUAGCUGAAGCUGCAGAAUUGGGUCUUGUUCUGAUGAAGAAAAUGGGAGUGAAGGAGAUGCCUAAUGUGGGAUUUAUGAAAGCAGGAGCGGGGAAUUUGGCUGGAAUGGCAGCGAAAGCCCCAGCUGAGGCCAAGGAGGAGCAAAAGCCGGAAAAAACUGUGUUUGAAUUGAAAUUGGAGUCCUACGAAGCGGCUUCCAAAAUCAAAAUCAUCAAGGAGGUCCGGGGCUUUACUGAUUUAGGUUUGAAGGAAGCUAAGGAUUUGGUGGAGAAAACACCUUCUGUUUUAAAGAAAGGUGUUUCAAAAGAAGAAGGGGAGAAGAUAAUGGAGAAACUGAAAGCUCUUGGUGCAAAAGUUGUUAUGGAAUGAUGUAUGUUGUUUCAUUUUAGCUGUCUGAAAUUUAGAAAAUUUCAUAAUGAUGGCCGAGGACACUGCAAAAUUUUGCUGGUGCUGUGUUAAUUUUUAGCAUGAACUGGAAUUUGAUUUUAUGCAGCUUUGCAACAUUAUUGUUCUGUUCCCUCUUAAAGGAAUAAUUGUUGUAUUCCUACGUACGAUACUCAUUAACAUUACUUUUUAUAAAUAAAUUAGUGUUCUCUAGA